AUGUCUUCUCACAAGACUUUCGGGAUCAAGCGAUUUCUGGCCAGGAAACAAAAGCAGAAUCAUCCCAUUCCCUAGUGAGUUCAGAUGAAGACUGGUAAUAAAAUCAGGUACAACUCCAAGAGGCGGCAUUGGAGAAGAACCAAGCUGGGUCUGUAAGAGAUCGCUCGUGCGAUGGCACGCAUAUUUAUGCUGCAUGAAGGUCACGUGUUCCUAUCCCAUCACUCUGUAAACCUCCCUACUACCUGAACAAUAGAUAUG